UCCCACUAAACAUCUUCACAAUGACACAGCCAUGGAUCUGAACUGUCUUCUCUUCAUCUUCAGCUUCUUCAGACUCUCAGGAGCACAGGGCAUCACUACAGUCAGCCAGAUAUCUGCUCGGAGAGGACAGUCUGUCAUAAUUCCUUGUUUAUAUAAUCAUACAUAUGCAUUUUCAUACAAAUACUUGAGCGUUGGAGACUAUUGGCUAUCAAGUGUCCAGACAUAUCAUUACAAAAUCUCAGAUGACACGAAAGGUCACAUCUUCACCGUCCACAUGGAUGAUGUCCAGGAGCCUGGCUAUUACUGGUGUACCAUUCAUAUUCCUUUAGCUUUUGAUAUAUAUGUAGGGUUUUUCUUGGACAUCACACCAGACUCUCCAAGACUUUAUGUGAACUCUCAGAUUGUGACUGGAUCUGAGAAUGGCAGCGUUACCAUCACCUGCUACCAUCAGGGUGCACAAUAUGGUGUAAAAUGGUGUAAGUUUGGAGAUCAGUGCAUUACAGGAGCAUCUGGGACGUUAGCUGGAGCCUCGGUUAAGAUCAUACAUGGUCUGAGAAACACGACUGUACGCAUGAGCCAGCUAAAGAAGGAGAACACAGGAUGGUACUGGUGCACGACAGAAGAUCUGCAGAUGCCUGUUCAUAUCACUGUCCAUCAGAAGGAGAGCAGUAUGACUCCAACUACAGCAGAGCCUGGUCAGUUCUCACCUAGCACUCGCAAAAGGACAGCUAUUUUCUUUCUGUUGCCUGUGAUUUUGGAAAUUCUCCUGCUCACAUUCAUUUACUUGGCACUGAAACUGGCUAGGUUUUGCAAAAGAAGAUUCUUGCAGUCUGUGAAUGAAGCAGAGGGAGGUCCUUAUGUGACUAUGCACAGGGAACAGUCAUUGCGUUCAAAUGGCUGUUCUGCUGCUGAAGGAGUGUAUGAAAAUAUGGCUGAACUCAGUGAGAUACCUGCUUCCAGUCAUAAAUCCACCGGCCUGGCUGUGGUCAAAAAAACUGAUUCCUUAAAUGCUUCUCAGCAAGAACCAGAUUAUGUGAACAUUAUGAAGACGUGACUGUGAGUCUGGAUCAACUGUUUAAUAUCAGUUCCUUUAUAAUCUUCCUUGGGCCAUAAAUCCAAUUGUUAGAGCACACAAGACUAUUCCAUAUCUAUUGAGAGAUUAUUCAAAGCUGUAUUUAUUUAACAAAAUAUCCUGGUGAAUUAUUUCUAAUUUCUAAUACACUGCUGCUCUCAGGUUUGUGCUCGGUAAGAUUUUUAAUGUUUCCCAAAGAAGUCUCUUCUGUUCAUCAAGGCUGCAUUUAUUUGAUCAAAAUACAGUAAAACAGUGAAAUAUUACUCCAGUGUAAAUCAUCUGUUUUCUGUGAAUCUGUGUUAAAGUGUAAUGUAUUUCUGUGAUGCUCCGCUGUAUUUUCAGCAUCAUUCCUCCAGUCUUCAGUGUCACAUGAUCUUCAGAAAUCAGAAUAAUAUGAUGAUUUACUGCUCAAGAAACAUUUCUGAUUAUUAUCAAUGUUGAACACAGUUGUGCUGCUCAAUAUUUCUCUGGAAACUGUGAUGCAUUUUAUUUUUCAGGAUUCACAGAUGAACAGAAAGUUCAGAAGAACAGCUUUUAUCUGAAAUAGAAAUCUACUGUAACAUUAUAACUGUCUUUACUGUCACUUCUGAUCAGUUAAAUGCAUCCCUGAUGAUUAUUAAUUUCUUAAAAAUAAAUGAAUAAAUCUCCAAAUGUUUGAGCAGUAGUGAACAUCCUAAAGGUCUUAUAGAAGGCAGUGCACACAAUAUGAAUUGUAUGAACAAUGUGAUUGUGUGAUUGAUUGCUGUAGUCAGGAUGGAAAUGAUAACUAUAGUCUAUAUUAAUGUUUGAUUUCUGACUCUCAUCAGUGGCAGCAUCA